CCUAAUAAAGUGGCGGGUGAGUGUCUCUGCCAGAUAUCCCUUCAUUGUGGCUGUUGGCCUCUUGGCAGCCUUCCUGAUCAGUUUCCAUUUUGUUUUUUGUUUUAUUUUUAUUUUGGAAAAAUGUCCAGUUUUUGUCACUGACAUUCCAUAUUUUUUCCACUUUCUUCAUUGCACCAUGUUAUACAUCUGGCUUUGUACAGUGAGUUCUGCUUGAUCUUUUCUGACCUCAUUGCAAACUAUGAUUUUAUCUUAAUGAUGAAAUUGAACAAAUAGUCGCUAUAUUUAAUAUCAGUGGUAAAUUCAAACAGAAUGAAUGCUGUGAAUGUGCAUUAACAAAAUAAUAAGGGUGUGUAGUUUAUUCAAACAUGUUCUUGUACCAUUUUUUUGUUUUUAUAUUUUUUGAACCAGUCAGAUUUCAUGGUUUUUUUGUUUGAAUUGUUCAGGAUACAUGUCACAUUAAACGUAGAAGACGUUUUGAAAUUAUUUACAAAGUUACUGCAUUUUGCCAGACAUGGAUAGACUUAUAGAGAUCCACUGUGGCUGUAGUCUAUGUAUAGGAAAGGUAAAACCAAAGUUUUUUAUACUGCAUAAAAAAAUAUUUUUUGUCUUUGAUAAAUACUUGGGUGCAAAACCUGAAUGUAUUGUGAUACAAAAAAGCGAAACCCGAGCAAUUGUCCAGUCUUAUUGAAAUGUUUUGAUUACGCAAUAAACGGUGAAAUACAAAACAAAUGUUGAUUUUCUGUAAGCUAUAUUCCUAAUCAGACUUUUAAGGGUUAAAAAAUGCCUAUGCUUUCAUAAACGAUGUUUUUUUUUUUUUUUUUUAGGACAGAACCUUAUGUUUUCUCCCUAACAACAAAUUUGUUUUUGCGUUUUUAUCUGGAUUAUUACGGUAAACGUUUUGCCCUGACAAGUGUUGCAUUUGUGGUAUAUCAGAACGUUGGCUGUUAACAGCUGGAGUCCUGUCAUUUGUGUUUCGCGCAGCUUGGUUUUGAUUUUUUUGUUUUUUACAAAGUAGCUGCCAUUAAUCACAUACAAUUAUUUUGGACUCAAAGAUGUGUUUUUUGUUGUUGUUGUUGUUUGUUUUGAAACUCAUCAACACGUGCGGAGUUUUACUUUAAAACUAAAAUACUUCUUCUACAAUAAACUUUUCUCAGAGUUCAGAAAGGCAACAGGUGUGUUUCUACCUAAUAAACUAACGACAGCACUUUUUUAACGCUCCGAAACUUUUCCAACUUCUUAUUUCCGAGGCGCACCUAAAAGCACCAAAAGUCUCACUCAAUUAGCGGAGUUUAGGCUGAGAGUGGACAGAGUUGGUAGUCGGCCUGUGGGAGCAGUUCACCAAUGACCAAUUGAACAUCCCACUGCUCCGACACAGACCUGCGGGGGUGGGGAGUCCACAACUUUGAGUUCGGAUUUCGGAACGCGCCAUGGGAUUCGAGCUGGACCGCUUCAAGGGGACCGUGGACCCGGAUUUCAAAUGCAACUUGUGCAACAAAGUCCUGGAGGACCCACUCACGACUCCGUGUGGCCACGUCUUCUGCUCCGGCUGCGUGCUGCCCUGGGUCGUCCAGCAGAGCAGCUGCCCCGUCAAAUGCCAGCGCAUCUCUGCUAAGGAGCUGAACCACGUCCUACCGCUGAAGAACCUCAUCCUGAAGCUGGAGAUCAAAUGCGACAACCACGCCAGAGGCUGCGAUGCCGUGGUGACGCUGCAGCAUCUGGCCGAGCACGCCGAGAUGUGUGACUUCUCCCCGGCCAAGUGCAUGAAUAAAGGCUGCGAGGAGGUGCUAUGCGUGCGGGACCUGGACGCGCACAUGCGGGAAGCGUGCGAGCACAGAGCGGCGGGGAUCUGCGAGAACGGCUGCGGGCUGACGCUCACGCACAGGGAGCAGAAGUUAAACAGCCACUGCUGCGUGAGAGCCCUGAAGGCGCACAACGGCGCGCUGCAGUGCAAGCUGCUCAUCCUGGACAGGGAGUUCAAGAAGCAGGCGAUCAAAGCCAACCAGCGGGAGAAGGCGCUCCUGGCUCAGCUCUCUGCCGUGCACAGCGAGCUGCAGAUGACAGCGCUGAAGUAUCAGAAGAAAUUCACCGAGUACAGCGAGAGGAUCGACUCGCUCACUAAGACCGUGGCUUUCUCCUGCAAGGAAGACAACACUAAAAGUGUGACAGCUGUCCUUCGGCGCGAGGGCGGAUCUCUGGGUUUUAACAUCGUAGGAGGAAGGCCAUGCGCGGAGGACAAUGACAGCACUUCAAAUGAAGGGAUCUUUGUGUCCAAGAUUGUUGAGAAAGGUCCAGCAGACAAGGAGGAAGGCCUUCAAAUUCACGAUAGAAUAAUUGAGGUUAAUGGGAAGGACCUCUCAAAAGCCACCCAUGAGCAAGCAGUGGAGGCUUUCCGCACCGCCAAGGAGCCCAUCAUGGUUCAGGUUCUACGCCGGGCCCCUUACCCCCAACUGGUUGCCCCCAUUGCAGAGACCCUGGUGUCGGACAUCAGCACCCAGACCGAUAUCACUCUCCAGCAUAUCAUGGCUCUCACCAAGCUGCCUCCCUCUUCACCCCCAAUUACGGAGCUGGAGGAGUAUCUGCUGCCAGAAGGCCCUCCUCCGGAGCACACGUACUUCGACCCCAACGAUUUCCUGGAGGGCAUCCAACAGGAGAUGGAGCGUGAGGGGCUGGAAUAUGAGGAAGUGGAUCUGUAUCGAGCUAACAUCCAAGACAAACUCGGCCUGACCAUCUGUUACAGGACUGAUGAUGAGGAUGAGGCUGGGAUCUACAUAAGUGAGAUUGAUCCAAACAGCAUCGCUGCAAAGGAUGGCCGAAUCAGAGAAGGGGACAAAAUCAUACAGAUCAAUGGUGUUGAGAUUCAAAAUCGAGAAGAUGCGGUGGCGCUGCUGACCAGUGAGGGCAACCAGAACAUCUCUCUGCUGGUGGCCCGACCAGAGAUCCAGCUGGACGAGGGCUGGAUGGAUGAUGACAGGAAUGACUUCCUGGAUGACCUCCACAUGGACAUGCUGGAGCAGCAACACCAUCAGGCCAUGCAGUUCACUGCCAGCAUGCUGGAGCAGAAAAAGCAUGAGGAGGACGGGGGCACCACAGACACCGCCACGUUGCUCUCCAAUCACCAUGAAAAAGACAGCGGCGUUGGGCGCACGGACGAGAGCACCCGAAACGACGAGAGCUCCGAGCAAGAGAACCUCGGCGACGACCAGACAACCACAGCUUCCAACACGCUGGGCAGCUGCAGGAAGCUGACCUACAGCCAUGAUACCCUCGGCAGCACCGACCUGCCCUUCAGCGGCGAGUCGUUCAUCUCCGCAGACUACGCUGAUGCCGACUUCCUGGGCAUCCCGGCCGACGAGUGCGAGCGCUUUCGAGAGCUCCUGGAGCUGAAGUGUCAGAUGAGGAGCAGCGGCGCUCAGGGCCUGUUCAGCCUGGCCGCCGGGGGGGCCGAAGGUCAGACAGAGGAGGGCGUGGACAAGGAACUGGAGUUACUCAAUGAGGAGCUGCGCAGCAUCGAGCUGGAGUGCCUAAACAUCGUUCGCGCCCACAAGAUGCAGCAGCUGAGGGAGCAGUUCAGAGAGUCGUGGAUGCUCCACAACAGCGGCUUCCGCAACUACAACACAAGCAUAGACGCUCGUCGCCAUGAGCUGUCAGACAUCACAGAGCUGCCUGAGAAAUCAGAUAAGGACAGCUCGAGUGCCUACAACACAGGCGAAAGCUGCCGCAGCACUCCUCUCACUUUGGAACUCUCUCCAGAUAAUUCCCUCCGUCGAGGAGCAGAGAACCAGGGUGCAGCCGGUCCAUCUGGGUCCAGCAGCUCCAAUGGCAAGAUACAGAAGCCCCUCCUGUCCCCUGUGCCGGAAGCCUGUGGCCCCAGCAGGAGCAAAGGCUCCUCUAAGGACCCAGACGGAGAGCUGCAGGCUGAGAGCAAGGAAGGGAAGCUGAGAGAGUCGAGUAAGGGUGGACGGAGCUUUCAGCCACAUUCCCCUUACAAGCAUGCUCACAUCCCUGCCCACGCCCAGCACUACCAAAGCUACAUGCAGCUGAUCCAGCAGAAAUCUGCUGUUGAAUAUGCCCAGAGCCAGAUUAGCCUGGUUAGCAUGUGCCGGGACCCAGUUAGCCCCAGCGACCAUGAGCCCAAGAUGGAGUGGAAGGUGAAGAUUCGCAGCGACGGCACAAGGUACAUCACGAAGCGACCCGUCCGGGACAGGCUGCUGAGGGAGCGCGCCCUCCGCAUCCACGAGGAGCGCAGCGGCAUGACCACAGACGACGACGCCAUCAGCGAGCUGAAGAUGGGCCGCUAUUGGAGCAAGGAGGAACGGAAGCAGCAUGCCGUGCGAGCCAAGGAGCAGAAGCAGCGCCGUGAGUUCAUGAAGCAGAGCCGAGUGGACUGCCUGAAGGAGCAGAGCGCCGCAGAGGACAAGGAGCCCAACAUCAUCGAACUCAGCCACAAAAAGAUGAUGAAAAAGAGAAACAAGAAAAUAUUCGACAACUGGAUGACCAUCCAGGAACUGCUGACCCACGGAACCAAGUCACCAGACGGGACCAGGGUUUAUAACUCGCUCCUGUCUGUGACAACGGUGUGAGUCCUGCACCGAGGCGGCAGUGGAGCGGUGUGUACAUAAGACGUUACCAGCUGGGGCAGAGAGAGCUGCCACAAACAUGUGGUGAUGUGUAAAUAGGAAAUCAGGAAAGCUUUUGAGGAUGAUUGAUUUCAUUCACUGCAGCACGGGGGUCUAUGAAAAUAUGGUUGGGCUUCACUGAAUGGGACUGUGCUGCUGUAAAAUAAUGAUUUUAAAACCAUUGUCCAGUAACCUUUUCUACCCUUCUAUUUUUGGAAACAAAACUGCAAUAUUUGAUUUGUUGAAAGGUUUUGAAUGUCUAUAAAGAACGUGUGCCGUACUCUACCAGUCAGCAUUUACAACAUUUACAUUUUGUUUGUACUAUAUUAUUAUUUUAUAAUAUUAUAUAUAUAUCUAGAUAUAGAUAUAUAUCUAUAUCUAGAUAUAUCUAGAUCUAGAUAUAUAUCUAUAUCUAGAUA